AAACAAACAGCAUGUGACCACACCCAGAAAAGAAAUGCCUAAUAAAAAUGUAAACUUCAACCAACCCAUUUCUGAGCAGAAGAAAGUGAAAGUAAAUUCCUCUCUAGUCUCUUUCCUGCACUAGAAGCCAUGGCUGCUGCGAAUCCAGCAAAAACUCUCCAGAAUGAAGUGACCUGUUCCAUCUGUCUGGAGUAUUUUAAAGAUCCAGUGUCUCUAGACUGUGAUCACAGUUUCUGCCGAGCCUGCAUCACCCAGUGCUGGGAGAGAUUCGAUACAGACAUCUCCUGCCCUCAGUGCAGAGAGAUCUUUCCCCAGAGGAACCUCAGGCUGAACAGGCAGCUCAGGAAUAUUGUGGAAGCAGCCAGAGAACUCAGGCUGCAGACAGUGAAGGAACCAGAAACAGAGCGACUGUGUGAGAAACACAAGGAGCCUCUAAAACUGUUCUGCAAAGAGGACGAAAUCCUCAUCUGCCUGGUGUGUGACAGAUCCAAGGAGCACAGAGAUCACACUGUCAUUCCUGCAGAGGAAGCUGCCGAAGAAUUCCAGGAGAAGAUUCAGGCCUAUUUGCAGACUCUGAGGGAAGAGAGAGAAAACCUGCUGGGAUGUAAAGUGAGUGUACAAAUGAGAAGCCAGGAAUAUCUGAGAAAGACACGAACCGAGAGACAGAAGAUUGCGUCUGAAGUUCAGCAACUGCGGCAGUUCCUGGAGGAACAAGAGCAACUCCUGCUGGGCCAGCUGGCAGCGCUGAAUGAGGAGAUUGUGAAGAUACAGAAUGAAAAUAUCACCAGACUCUCGGAGGAGAUUUCCCAUCUCAGUGAGCUGAUCAGUGAGAUGGAGGGGAAGUGUCAGAAGCCAGCAAGUGAAUUCCUGCAGGAUGUCAGAAGCACCUUGAGCAGGUGCGAGAAGGGGAAGUUCCAACAGCCAGAGGAGAUUUCUCCUGAACUGGAAGAGCGAGUCAGUGGUUUCUCCCAGAAAACUAUUGCCUUAUUGAAGACUGUGAGGAAGUUCAAAGACACUCUGCUGUCUGCACUGGAGACAAAAAGAGUGAACGUGACUCUGGAUCCAGACACAGUUCAUCCUCAACUGGUCCUGUCUGAAGAUUGGAAAAGUGUGAGAUGGGAAGAAACACGGCAGGAUCUGCCUGACAGUCCUGAAAGAUUUGACACUGAGCCCUGUGUGCUGGGCUGUGAGGGAUUCACCUCGGGGAGACAUUGCUGGGAGGUGGAGAUGCAGGAUGAGGGAGGCUGGUUUGUGGGGGUGGCCAGAGAAUCUGUGAGGAGGAAGGGACAGAUCAGCCCUGAGGAGGGGAUCUGUGCUGUGGGGUAUGUCUUGGAUCAGUUCUGGGCUCUCACCUCCCCUGCAACCCCCCUGCCCCUGAGCCGGGCCCCCAGCAGGAUCCGGGUUUGUCUGGACUGUGACCGGGGGCAGGUGACAUUUAUUGGUGCUGGUGACGAGGCCCCGAUCUUCACUUUCCCGCCAGGCUCCAUCCCUGGGGAGAGAAUCCGACCCUGGCUCUGGGUGCUGGGGGUAGGAUCCCGGCUCAGACUGCGUCCCUGAGACCCGGGGGUGGGGGGAGAGGGAGGGAGAGGAAUAUCCCACUGGGGAGCCUGAAAUCAGCCCUUCUAGCCUCGGACAGUGUAGUCUCUAUGAUUUGCUCCUCUGGACUUUCUAUCAUGAAGUCUCUGCGACCCAGAAAGUUGCAUCCAGGGUCUCAACUCUGUGCAAUCUCUGGUGUCAAACCAUAGAGACCAUUAGGUGAGGUAGAGAAGCCGAUCUUGUCACUGCCCCAGGGAUUGUGCAGCCUGUUUGCUGCUGUCCUCUAUGAUACAGGAGGACUGUGCUGAUCCUUGGUCAGUGUCACUGACAUGGGCGGAAGAACCCACUGGGAACCCACUAGGACAGUCAUCCUAGUCUCUAUGACCUGGGAGGUCUCCUGUCUACCCAACCCCGAUAGUUCAUCUCUAUGGCCCCAGAAAGCUCCUCACCUUCCCUGCAGCCCCAGGGGUUCUUCCCCCCUUCCCCUCCCAUCUCUGGUGCUGCAGGAGGAGCAGAGGGGCCCAGAGGGGCAGAUGUGGGGCUGCAGGGGCAGAGCUGAGGGAGGGGCUGGGGACAGAAGUGAUGUGGGGGUUGAGGAGUAGAAUUAACAGCCGGGCUGGGGACAGGCAGAUGUGGGGGUGGCAGGGACACAGAAUUAAUUAAUUAGGAUUUGAGGUUUUGGGGAGAAGCUGGAGGCUCCCCAGGAACAGGGAGCCUGGGAGAGGGAGACCCAGAAACUGGAGAGUCUGACCUACAAGUCAUGCGGGAAGGGAUACUAUAGUGGGAAGCAGUUAGAGGGUGCGGUGAUGUCAGCUGGAUGAAGGUGUGGAGAGUCAAGUACAGGGCAGGUUUAACCAGAAUGGGGGAAAGAAAUGAAAGAAUAAAAGAGAAAAAAUGAAAUAAAACCGGUGUAAAGACAGAAGCCUGGAGAAAGUGGCAGGAAACUCACAUGAAGAGCGAAAGCAAAAUCGUCCUGAGAAGGGAAAUGCUCUGGGGCAGGCAGCAAGAAAGGAAGGGAUAAACUCAAGGGAGAGAACUGGGAACCUGGAGUGGAAUGAUCUGUGAUAGGGAAUAGAGAAGGGUUGGGGAGAUGCAGAGCAAUAAACAGAUGGAAAAGGAGUGCUAGGGCAAAUGUGUAAAACUAGGUGAAAUUAAAGAAAAGGGAGGCGAGAGAACAUGAGAUCAAGAUCUAUAAAAUAUUUCUGAAAGUGAGAGACUGUAACAUUAAUUCAACCCCAUAGUUCAGGGCCAGUACUUCCACUUCGGUACCUUUCACAACAACACUUCUUCAAAUUUGUGGAUAUUUUUAUCAUGUGUUCUGGUUAUGAAAGUUCCCUCUCAGCUCCUUUUAACCUGACAUUUACUUAAGGUAAAUAAACAAGACACACGUUU